CAAGAGAAGCCAUAGCUAAGCGCGGCAGUUAUAUAUGUGUGAACGCACCCUAAGCCAUGUUUUUACUCCUAAGGAUUUGUAACACCACAGUGAAAAUCAAAUCGAAGAAAAAUAAGAUUGCUAAGAUAAAGUAAAUAAACAUAAAAUAUUUUCAGAAUAAAAAAAAAAAAUGGUACUUGAAAGUAGAAAUCGUCGAUUAUCCAUCGAAAAAGCUCAAGGAAGAAAAGGAAGUGGGUACGACGUUUUGUUAGUGAAGCCAUUAACAGAAAGAUUGACAUGUCCAUUUUGUAAGAAGUUGAUGCGUAAUCCGAUACAAACAUUUCGAGGCGAAUUAGCUUGUGAAUAUUGCUAUCAAAUCCAUAUAACUGACGCAAACAUAUGCCCAAUCGACAAAGAAAAAAUAAUACCAGGAAAUGUGAAUAGAGAUAAAUUUCAGGAAAUGAUCAUUCAGAAUCUACAAUGUUUUUGUAUCAACAAAGAACGCAGAUGUUGUUGGCAAGGAAGAGUUGCUGAAGUUGAGGACCACCAGAGCAACUGUUGCUUCAAGCCAAUGAAAUGCUUCUUCUGCCACGAGAAACUUGAAGAAAGCCAUAUCACUGAUUUCCAUUUGAAACAAUGUCCAGCUCUUUUAGAGAGAACUACAUGUAUUCAUAAAGCAGAUGGAUGUUCAUUUAAGCCAUCUGGCAUCGAAGAGCAUGUAAUUCACCUAAAAGAGAAUACCCAUCACCAUGCAUUUUUGCAACAGCGAAAUCUUCAAGAUUGCAAUACUCAGUGCGAACAUCUAAAAGAAAAACUUGCCCAACAAGAAUUAGAAAUCCAAAAAAGCAAAGUCGAGUUAAAUUCUAAUAUUUCAUCAUUAAAAAACACCGUCGAGUUGUUGCUGGCAGAAAUCGAAAACAUGAAGAAACACAUGGAAAUGACUAAUGCGGAACUUAUUGAGCUAUCAAAUGCAGUUAAGAAGAGGCCGACACAAGACCAUCUCGCGACACCUGAUUUAUCGACCACAUUUGAAAUGAACGAGCUGAAACAAAAAACUUCAACUUUGGAAUUAAAACAGCAGUUAAGUGAGAACACGUCCUACAAUGGAAGAAUGCUAUGGAAAAUUGAUAACGUAACGUAUAGAAUGCAACAAGCUGUUACAGGCAAAGUGACAGCAUUACACAGUGCUCCUUGUUUUACAAGUAGAUAUGGAUACAAAUUCUGUGGACGAUUAUAUCUGAAUGGAGAUGGAAUGGGGAGAUGCUCUCAUUUGUCUUUGUUUAUGGUUGUAAUGAAAUCUGAGUAUGAUAAUUUGCUGGAAUGGCCUUUCAAUAAACAUGUGAUGUUCAAAUUGAUCAACCAAAGAGAUUACAGCAAGAGCAUAGAGGAGAGUUUUUUACCAGAUGGUACUUCAUCCAGUUUUCGCAAGCCCACUAAAGAGAUGAAUGUAGCAGCUGGUUGCCCAUUGUUUGUAUCCAAGGAAAAGCUUUUAAACGAAGGUUUUAUCAAAGACGACUCGAUUUUCAUUGAGAUAUCUGCAAAGUAAAUGGAUGUACUUGAUGAAAUCAGACACGUUAAAAUAAACACUUCAACAUUAAGAAAAAAGAAAAAUGCACCAACUUUUGUGAUUGAGUCACAAUAAAAUUAUGAAAUUUAAAUGAGGAAUUUUUUAAUUGUAAGAAAAUAUGUGAAAAUAGAAUUAUUUAAGUAGAACUGAAACAUACGUAAAUCCGA